AUGGAUUCACUGGUAAAAGAAGCAGAUGAACUGAAGACUAUCUACAACCGCUUGCAAUUCUGCGCAGGCGCCAACUUUCUGGACCGUUGGGGCGUGUGGUUUGACGAACUUAGUCGAAUGGAGAAGUACUUGAAGAGCGGAAGUCGGCAGCUGAGUGAAUUGCGGGCGUUGGUGUUCGCCAACUUUUUGCGUGUGUCUGUCGAAUUUCCUUUCGUGAGGAUGUCGAUCGGCAACAAGGUGAGCAUCGUCGUGUCGAACAUCGUGUCGUCGCAUGGUGCACGCACCGACGGCUUUCUGUACGUGCUGCAGGCGUUUCUUCUGAACUAUCCACGAGCAUGCUCCUCUUGGCACGAACAGAUGAGGAGUUUCGUUUUUUCGAAGUUCACCUCGACAUUUUCCGAGGUGAGGAAAACGGCGGCUCUCACGUUCGCAUUAUUACCGCGAUGCAAAUAUUCUAAAAAAGAUGCGGGCCCCUGCCUGGCGUGGUUCUCGCAGAUGAUGCGCACCGUCGCCACUAUCCAUGACGUGGCAGUGACGCUGACAGUCAACGACCACACGAACAGCUGUAUGUUGAAUUUGCCAGAAAAUGUGGAGCGCUUUCCGAUAGACGCGUCUUCGGUCGAUUUCACGGAUCUCUGCCGGAUCAUAGAGAGUUUACUUUGGUCAGCGGUGCAUAUGCUUUCUCUGGAGUUUAUGAGCGUGGUGGACGUUCCGUCGAACAGCAUUAUUCACCUGUUCGCUUGCCUCUGCGAACUGUUCUGGUUGCGGAGCUCUGUGUGUUCCGAUUUAAUUGUCACUUUUCUAGAACCGUGCUUUGUGUUGCUCUCUCGAACCGUCCGUUUGUUGAAAAUCGAGUUCGUGCCCUUAUGCCGUCCGAUGGUCGAUCUGCUCUUCUCACUGCUAAAUGCUGAUGCCCCAUCCGAUGGAGCGUACAUCUUCUUGCUGCGUCGUUACGUGUACGACGUACUGUCGACCGUCUGUAGCGUUCUUGGUGCGUGUUCCAAACUGCAGGAUCGUUUUGCGGAUCUAAUGCCGUUGAUAAAGAAGGAGCUGCAGCUAGGUAUGACCAUAUCGCAUCCUAAGUCUGAACCUGUCAAGAAAUCUAAGCGACAGCGUAAAGCGCUAGGCGUCACCGAUAGCGUUCUUGACCAAGCGGUUGAGAAAUGCUUUUCGUUGACGUGUGCCGUGGAUACUGCUGUCAGCUGCUGCGACAUGCUUGACCAGGCUCUGCUCCAUUUC